CGAAAAUAGAGAUGCUUAUCAAGGUUUGGAACGCGUCGAUUGGUGCAAGCAAUAUAUAAACGAUUAUUUUCAUCAAUUGUGUAUUUCCUUUUGGUUUUGUGAAAAAUCGUCAAAUAAAUAACAUUCUCAGUUAUAAUGCCAAGUAAAAAGAAAAAAUAUAAUGCACGUUUCCCAGCGAUAACUUAACCUAAAAAAUGCAUCUCAGGGUCGUAUUAAAAAAAUUAUGCAGACCGACGAAGAAGUAGGAAAAGUUGCUCAAGCAGUACCAAUUAUAAUCUCUAGAACAUUAGAACUAUUUGUACAUUCGCUACUUACAAAAACUAUGCAAAUUACAAGUGCCAAGAAUGCUAAGACCUUAAGUCCAUCCCAUAUGAAACAAUGUAUUCUAUCGGAAAGUCGGUUUGAUUUUCUUAAAGAUUUAGUGAAAGGUUUACCAGAUGUAGUAGGACCUGACGAAGAAGUUCCUACACCACCUUUAACUCCUGCCCCAAUAAAUAUAAAUGUUUCUAAUCCAAUUACAUGUCCAUCUGCAGCGUGUUAUUCAGAUCAAGGCUCUCAAAGCUUGGUAUCAAAUGAUACAAAUGCAGAAAAUAAAAACUGGAGAAAUGAUGGAAGAAUAGCAAAUUCAAAUAUCAGUGUUUCAAGCGAAAUAUCUAAAGUCAGUCAAGCUACACCUCAAGCUCCAGAGUUCCAAAUUUCUGUACCUGCAUCAUUUCAGAUUAAUCAACCUAAUUUUUAUACAGAGGUCAAUCCUAUGAAUUCAAGUAGCAAUUCUGACACAAGUACAACAAAUCAUCCGAUAUCUAACUUUACUCAUACUGCCAGUAUCGAUGAAGAUUAUGAUACAUAGUUAUUUUGUUUAGCAAUUUACAGUAUAAACUGUAAUACUAACUUUAGUAUAUUUAAAAAAUUUAAGUAUACGUACGUAACACAUGUCACAUACAUAUUUUUAAAUUGUUAAUAAUAUGUUAAGUCCAUCAAGUGA